CUCUUUUCUAUCAGACUAAAAUCGAUUUCAAAUUUUUACGAACAUUCAUAAAAUUGCUAUUACAAUUAUUUCUUAUACAAUAAACUUUUGCUGUGUAAAUGAUAUCUCGGCCAACUACUGCUCGUCCAAAAACAUCCGCUGGUACACGUGCUACUUCAGCUAGGCUUCGUAAACCAUCAUCAUCAGCUAUACAUAUUCCCCAAAAUGAUUUUCUGGAACGACCAAUUAGCCGAGCCGCAAUGGUACCGGAAUCAACAACCGUAUCAACGACUACAACACGAACGAUGAGUCGAAUUGGAUCUAUUCCAACAACAAGAUUGAAUUCAGCUACGCGUAGUGAAAAAGUUCGAAAUCGAAUAGGUACGACACAAGGUGCAAAAUUAACAAUUCAAACAGCACCACGUGGUACCGCGAUGCGACCCGUAACACAACAAGGAUUAACCGGUGUUCGGGCACCAACCAAAGUUGGAGCUGGACGUUUCGUUGUCGAUAAGAGUUAUUACAUGUCAUUACUUCGAACCCAAAUGAACAAUUUGAUGAGUGAAAUUGAAAAAUUACACAGUGAUUUAAGCAAGGGUGAAUGUGAUCGUCAAAAUUUAUUGAUUUAUGAAAAAAAGGCAGAAGAAGAAGCGAAUAUAAUUCGAACAUUGCAAGGACGCUUACUAGAUUACAAUAAGAUAAUGGAUUUGAUUAAUACAAAUUCGGAAUUGGAUGAAAUUGAGAAUGAAUUAGCUAAAUUACAUGAACAACGUUGUGAUGCAGAAAAGAGUUUAACUGAAUUAGUUGAAGAACGACGUGCUAAAGAAGAUGAAAUACGUAAAAUUGAAAAUGAAAUUGAAGAACAAAAAACACGAAAUAAUGCUAAAUUUCAUUCAGUGAAUCCAGCAAUUUAUGAUGAAUAUGAAGAGUUGAAGAAACAAAAUGAUGAAUUAUUGGCGGAAUAUCAGAUGAAACAGGAUGAGUUAAAUGAAUUGAAUCAAACAAAGGAACAAUUUGAUGAACAUUUAGCAAAAUUUCCUCUUAAACACCAAGCUACUCUACUUUACGAACGUUUAAUGGAACUUGAAGGAAAAAAAUUGUCAAUUGUUAAUGAAAUUAACGCGGAAGGUACACCAGAUGAACAACGUGAACGUUUGCUACAAACAGUUAUUCGUACAACUGAUGAAAUUAAUGUUAUACAAAAACAAUUAGAUGAAAUUAAUGAGCAAAUUGAGCAAUUAACACAAGAAUUACGAGAAUUUGAUAUUGAAAUGGAAAAUGUCGUUGGUGAAAAGAACGAGAAAUACCGGGAGCUUAAAUUGAAAGAAAUACAAUUAGAUGAAUUUUUAAAUUCAUACGAUAAUUUGAGAGCAGAAGAAGAGUUACGAAUUGAUGAAAUAUCUGCUGAAGUAGUUCGUUUAUUAGAAUUAAUUUCAAUAAAUAUGACAAAUUUAUGUCUUACUUCGCAGAAUGCUAACCAGGAUCUUAUUGAAUUCAAGAUGAAUGAAAAUAUUUCGAUAUCAGCGAUGAAAGAAUUGUAUGUUUGUUUACAAGAAGAAUUAUAUGAAAUGGAUAAAUCAAAAGAAAAUCUUCAAAUGGAUAAUAAACAGAUCAGUGAACGAAUUAAAGAAAUGAAUGAAAAAAUUGAAGAGUUUGAAAAUAUCGAUGAAUUAAAAAUUCAUAAAGAACAAAAACAACGGGAAUUACAAAAUCGUCGUAAAAUUUUGGCAGAAGAAUUGCCAAAAACGAAUAAUUCAUAUCAAAAAUUGAUGGAUGAAUUGGAGCAAACAAAAUUUGAACUUGAAAAGAAUGAUGAAUAUAUCAAACUAAAAAAUGCUGAAAAAAAAUGGCAAUGUGUGGAAAAAAAUUUGGAUAUUUUACGUGAAGAAGUAGCACAACGAGAAGUGGAAACAAAUUAUGAAUUUUUUAAAAAAGAGGCAUUAAGAUUGAAAGAAGCAUAUAAUGCAGUAUUGAUCGCAUCAAUGAAACUUUGUUGACAACAAUAUCAAUUUUAAAUUCUGUUAUCGAUAAUAUCAUUUAAUUAUGGUACCAACAUUUCAAUAUCAUUUUUCAGUGUAUGAUUAUAUUAAUAUCACUGAUAUCCGAACAAUUAUACGUUGAGGAAUGAUAUCAAAAUGAAUCCGUCUAAUAAUUAUUUCAAUUUCUUGCUAAAUGUAAAAUAUACGGAAAUUUUUACUAUUCUUAUCAUUUG